CGGCGUCGAUGGAACAUGUAGAUCGCGUUGGACACAUCCUCCGACGGGCAGAAAAGACGCAUGGCCAUUCCGACUUGACGUUUCUGCAAGUGCUGGAAGCCGCCGAGCAUCCCCUGCACCCUCCAGCGUCCGGACGCGUGCAGCAGCUCUUGCUUACUCUCUCGAUGGACCCAGAGCCGAAUUGGUGGAAAAAGCUUGCGCGUCAUGUUUCACGACUUCAGUCCGUUCCCGAAACGAAGCAUCCUUCUCUCUCGACGACUUCCUCAGUGACCGACCGUUUCCAAAACAUGAUGGCUCACCACGACCGACGCGUCGUCGAAGAGAAGCAAUCCGCUACACAGCGAGCUGUACCUGUCGACCCUUCCAGCCAUGAUGUUCUCGUAUUUCGGGUGAUGGCAAAUGCAUUUCAAAGGUGGGCUCGUAUCACCAAGCACCUCCGGAACUCACGCCGCCAACAAUUGCAUGCAUCGCAUGUGCCGCAGAAUCACCAGCAUCAACGCGGACAACGCGGGUUAGCUCCGAUGCAAUUCAAGGCCCUCGUUCGCUGGCUCCAAUUCUCGUGGCCAGCGUCGACAACAUCUCUGUCAGGACAGUGCCUCAGCCAGUCAUUUCAUGCUCGCAACCGAGCUGUCCAGCUUGCAUCGGACCGAUUGCUGCGGCUAUGGACAGUGACGAGAGUAUGGCGUGGGUGGAUGCAUCACGUGGCGCGGUGCACGCAACGAAACGUGGACGUACAGCGGAAGCGGCUGCAAGCCAUGUUGCGCCGCCGCCACCGGUGCUUUCUCGCGUGGCACAUGUGGGCAGCCCAUUACGGCCCCAAGCUCCGACAGAUUCAAGCCCGCCAAGUCCACAGCGUGACGCGACAGGGGUGGCGCCGGUGGCUUCUCGCGAUGGAACUCACGCACCACCGUCGACGGCACCAACAGGCUUCUCUCCGUCGGUUGUGGCGACGGUGGAUUCAAUUUGUGCAUCGACGUCAGAACCAAUACGCUCGGCUCGAGCGCACGGUGGCCCUGCACGAUCGUCAAGUAGCCCUUGCGGCAUGGCGGCAGUGGCGACUCGUCUGCAGGAUCCAACGCCAAGGACGGGCGUUGGCUGCGCGGUGCGAUGCCGUAGCAGUACGGCACUGCAUGGCGCGCGGUCUCGUUCAGUGGCAUUCGUGGUACACUCUUCGCCGAGAUCAGAAUUUGGUCACUACCACAGCCGUUCAGCAUGCUGACCGCAGCCGCGUUUGCUGGAUCUGGCGGCACUGGGCGGCGUAUGUGAUUCAGCGCCGACGGUUGCAUGCGCUGCAGUCGACGCUCCCACAGUUAUUUGACGCGGCGCUUCAUGUCCACUACUUGAGCACGUGGCGCCUGUGCACCCACUUGUCCAUAGAGGAGGCGAAGGCGGCGACUGCGAUGGUCCACUUUCACCGCCGAGCGCGAUUCUGGCGAGAGUGGAAGCAACGCAAACUCGUUGCUGUUGUCGUGAGAUUGCUCUGCACCCAGGAACAACGCCGCACCCGGACCGUGGCAUUUCAAGUUUGGCUCGAUUUGCUCGCUCGACAGCACCAUCGUCGGGAGGUCCUCGAAGCCCACUGGGCUCGUUGGAGGUCCCUUCACGUCGCCCAGGUCUUUACAGUCUGGCACCAGUACCAUUGCCGCCAGGAUCUGAUACGACUUCGCUUUGGUGCCUUUACCAAUCGUCGACUAGAAGCAAUGUGGAGUGCGUGGCGUACGCUCACUCAGCAUCGCCGCCAUGUGCGACAAAGUAGAUUCGCUCAAGGCUUGGCUCUCCACACCCAUAAAACCAUGCGCACGUGGUGGGUCGUGUGGGCAUCUCAGCACCGGGCCCACAAAAUUGUUGAAUUGCACCGCGUCAAGCGCCGUCACCGUUGUCUGAAUGUAGUCUUUGUUAAAUGGGGUCGCGCAGCGAGAAAGCGCCAGAUGCUGCGGACAGCGGUGUCGAUCGGUCGCCAAGCUUCAGCCCAGGCCACGAUGCGGCGUGUAUUUGGCCGGUGGAGCUCCGUGACCAAAGUCCGUCGAACGAUGAAGCGGGUGUUGAACCAACGCACUGUAUGCCGCGAUGGACGGCUCGUUCAUUUGAUCUGGCAGUGUUGGCGGACCCAUGUCGACGCGAGGAAAACGCUCCUGACCAAGUUGCAAUUGGCGCUUGCUUGGAGCCAUCACCACUGCCUAAGCGCAAGGUUUACGGGCUGGCGGCGCGUGGUUCACGCGCAGCAACUCUUUCGUGCAAAGAGUCGGCUGGUCUUGCAAACCCUGGGCCAGCAACAUGUCGGGCGAACGUUCCAGCGGUGGCGGGCAUGGCUACACCACGAACACGGGAAAAAGGACAUCGAUGCACUCUUCUGGCAUCGACGUCUUCGAAGUGCAGUGCGGUCGUGGAGACUGUCCACGUCAAUGCUGCGAUGGGUGCGACACACGUUGCCGCAGGCGCUAGGGUGCAGCAAGCGCCACACGUACGAACGAAUAUGGCGGCGGUGGUGCAAGUAUACCCAAAUGUCGUGUCACGGGCGCCAGCAACUCGACAUCGCCGAGGUGGCUUGGUCUCGCCGCACGUUGUGCUUGGUCUGGAAGAUUUGGGUCCAUCGAAGUCGCACUACCUCUGCUCUGCGCAGCAAAGUCGAACGGUGCGUGGCCGUAUUAGCGCGGCGCCAAAUGCGCAUGGCUGUAACGACGCUGCACACAACCGCAGUGUUCCGCCGCAAACUCCACCAGUGGACGUCCGUGCGCGGCUGCCAGUUCUUUUCCACGUUGACCACGAGGGUGUUUCAGCAAUGGCAGGAGCACACACGAACUCAAUCGAGCAGUCGGCGCGUACACGCUGCCCACGCCGCGCACAUGCAGCGCCGUCGACAGCGCGCCGCACUGCAUCACUGGAUCGAAUGCGCCAGAUCCAAUCGAUUUUGGACAGACAAACUGCGUCAAGCCAAGCGAUGGUUCCAAACUACAGCAGUCCAUUUUGUCUUCACGACUUGGAAAACUCAAGUUGCUCGUGUCCGUCGACAGAAGCAUUCGAUGCGAUCGAUCGUCCAACGGUGGCACCAGCUCGAACUCGCGGGUUUCAUGACUCGGUGGCGAAUGUAUACGAGCCACCGCCUCCGCCGCGCCGACCAGACCGCCGUUGCCGCGACGGUGUUUCGAACGUCACUGUACCGCCGCGCCAUUCAGUCAUGGAAAGAGCUUCGGCGAGCGCAGCUCGCACUCAAGCGCAACCUGCAAGACUUGCUUGGGACGCGAAGGCUCACGCAGCUUCAGCACUGCACAACUACGUGGCGACAUUUUGUGCGAUCGAAGAAAGCGCUGGUCGCCAAGUUGCACGAGUUCAUGGCGACGUCCAGUGCCACCUUACUCUCCACACGGUUCAAUAGGUGGCAUCGGCAUGCCAAGUUAGCACCCCAGCUGCGCUGGUUUCGACAGCACCGACACAACCAAACGCGGGAACGAGUGCUGCACGAGUGGCGUCAACUAGUCUUCCUUCGCCACCGGUUCCACGCAGCUGUGGCGUUGCUCGAAGGACGGUCGAUGUCGAGUGUAUUCGCCCACUGGCGUCGCUACGUUAAAAGCACUAGCGAGCGCCGCCUCCACGCUUUGGAACACAUGCACUGGGUGCAGUCGAAGCGCCAUGUCGCCCUUUUUUGGCAUCGGUGGCGGGAGUGGCAAUCAACGAGGCCAUUGCUCCGUCACGUUGCGGUGCUUUGGGGCCGGACCCAACGGUGCCAGGCGCUGUGCAAGUGGAAGCAAGUCAUGGAACCUUUGCGAGCCUUGGCGUGGGAACUGCACCGAAAGACAGCGCACCACACGACAUGGGGAAUGUGGAAGCUGUGGCGGGCACUGUUCAUUCGACAAUGCCAUCGCGCACGAUCGCAAGCUGCCGUCAACGCGAUGAUCGAGCUUCUAGCGCAGGCUGGAGAAGCGCCGAGGCUGGUAUGCAUGGCGGUCAUCAACCGAUGGAAAUGCGUCGUCGCAUUGCGAGGAUUUGAGCGAUGGCGAUACAUGGCUGUUGUUCGCCGCACGGACCGAUCCAACUCGAUUCAAGCCCUGCACCACUGGCUCGCUCGUCAAAUGAGCCUUCGGUUUGCCAAGUGGCGAGAGGUGGUGCGGCAGCAGCAGCAACGUCGUGCAGCCAUCCAUCACUUUGAACGGUCCCAACGCGCUCAUGCACUGCGCCAAUGGAUGCAGUUCAUCCAACGUCGCAUUGUCCAGGUCGAACGAAAGCAGAUUGCCACGCAGCAUUGGGUCCAGUCCACUCGCCAACGUGCGCUGACCACGUGGGUGCAUCGCAAACGCACGUGGGAACACUAUCGACAGUCGGAGCAAACAAUUCACGCGUCGGUCGUGCGCCGCGUCCGGGCGAACGGAUGGGCUGCAUGGAUGGCACAUGUGACGGGGCGACAAGUCCGGCGGCACCUCCUCGACUUAGUCCGUGCCUUUCGGUGCCAAGUCGUGUUGAAAAGAGCCAUGCAAUCCUGGCACCUCGUGACAAGAACUCUCGCGGAUGCCCGAAGUGCCCUUCAAGCCACGGUGCUUCGGCUAGAAGUCCUCAUCCAGCUUCCGUGCCUCCGAGCAUGGCGAAACUGGACUUGCGAGCGGCAGCGCCGCCGCCAUGCCAUCCAGGCUUUGGAGCGUAGACGAAGGUGGUCGGUACUCCACGUGCAAUUUCACUGGUGGCGCACGACCGCGCGAUCUCAGCAGAUCAUUCGCCACCGAUGGCAAUCCUCGCGCCGUCGCUACCAACUUGAGCGCGGAGUUCAUGCGCUUGUACAACAUCGCGAGGUCCGUGUGGCCCAUCGUGUGGCGCGGGAUAUUGCUCGCUCUCACGCGCAAGUAAAGCAAGAUCGAUGGUUGUGGAAGUUGGUGUGUUUCUGGUAUCUCUGGGCACGGCGCCAAAGCGAAAUGCGUGUCGCGGAUGCGUUUGCCACCCAUUGCCACAUCCAAAGAUGGCGGCGGUGGACGGUGGCCACCCAAACGAUUCACACCAAGACCCACCACAUCAUAAACAGGUGGACCACGGGAACCAUUCGGCGUGUCUUUCGUACGUGGAAUGGCUACCUUAAGCGCCGUCGACUUGUGCUGACGGCGCUGCAACAAGUGCGCCAGUCCACGGUGAAAGUGGCGUUCGCAGCAUGGGUCGGCUACCAUCAUGGGCGACAGAAGCGGUUGACCAAGAGCAUGGCACUACUGCGUGCCUUCUGGGCUAAUGUAGAAGCCUCAACAUUUCGACAGUGGCAGGCGUUCGCGCGACGUCGCACGCGCGUGCGAGCAAUCCGGCUACCGCAAGAAGGUCCAUGGGUGGUGAUGAAGGCGUGGCGAGAGUGGCGGGCGAUUUUUCGUGCCCACGUUGCCGGUCGCAAGGCGCAGUACCGCCGUGUUUGGCGUGAUUGGCAACACGUGGUCGCGAUGCAGAAGCGCAAGGUGCAGAUGACAGAAUUUGCCGAGCAAAUGGCGCAACGACGGGCUAUACAUCGGUGGCGCUGCUUUCACUGCGAGCAAACAGCUCUGGCGGCGCAUCAGUCGCGUGCGUUGCUGUUCUUGACUGGUCGAACGGAAGCAAAAUUGUUUUUGAGAUGGAAAGAUUUCACGACCCGCCAGCACCGCUGUCGCGAACACGUCGCCAUAUUGUCAGGGCGUAUUAGUGCACGUGAGUUUGAGGAGGUGGCGUCAGCGUGGGUGGCGCAUUUCCGAAUGGGUCAACGCCGCAAGCAACGUGUGGCUGCUGGCAUUGUACGAACGCAGCAGCGAUGGCAGAAGCGUGCGAUCGCGGACUGGAUCGCCUUCGUCUCCAACCAGACCCACCACUCGCUGCAACAUGAUCUGGCAUGGCAAUUCCGAGCGCAAGCUGUCGUGCUCCGAUGCUUCCAGCGCUGGAUUCGCCACGUCUUGGAGCAAAAGGUGCUGCGGGCCAAGUGCACCCGCGUCGGCCAUUUAAUCAUGGGGCACGUUGUCCAGCGCCUGUUUAUGACGUGGCAAUCCCACAGCCAGGCAAAGUCGAUGGCGCGGAAACGGUGUAAACUCGCCGCGUCGUUAUUCCAGACGAAUUCGUGCCGAUACGUGUGGGCGGUGUGGACGAAGAGGCUGGCAAGAGCAAGGUGGCGUAAGUGUGCCCAUGCGAUGGCGGCGCGACACCUUCUUCUCGCGCAUUGGCGACAAUGGAUGCACCAUCAUGUUGCAGUCAAGGUUAUCCAUUUCAUGGGGGCGGCUUUGCGCCACCAAUCUGCCCAGUGCUUCAAGCGUUGGUUCUUGUACACCCGCCAAGUCAAGAAGCAAAGAGUUAUUGUGGACACUGCAUUGAGUCGCAUGGGAAUGCUCUCCCGCAGCCGCGUGUUUCAAGCGUGGAAGCGCCAAGCUUGGCUGAUGGCGACUAACGCGCAUCUCAUCUCGCGCUGGUACACCAAACUGGCCAUUCAUGUCUGGGCUGCGUGGCGUCGUUACACUCAGCGAGGCAUCGCCGCCGCAGUGUGGAUGGAGCGCCGGAUGCAUGUGCACCAAACCGUGCGUCGACAACACUGGGCAUGGUGGCGGCAAGUGUUUGUCGCAUCCCACCAUCACCGCUUGCGCACGACGCACGUCAUUCUGGCACAAUGGCGAGCAGUGCUGGCAGCUCGUCAUCGAGCUACGUUGAUUGUGUUUAGAACACGAGCAGCCACGAUGAAGCGUCACAUGCGGGUGGUACUUUUGACGUGGCAUUCCCACGUGGCUCUCGUGAAAGCGGCACAGCGACAGUUGUUACAGGCUCAUCGGCGCGACCAGUGGAUCGCCAGGAUGGACCGCGUGCGAACCAAACGAAUGGCCCACACGCACUGGCACGAAUGGGUGCGAUACGUCGCCGUUCGGUCAAUACACAAGGCGCAAUGGCGAUCCGCGUGGGCCACGCGAAUGUGUCGUCGAGUGUUCAAUGGAUGGCUGGCACGUAAAGUUGCCCAGAAACGUUUUCACCACGCGUACCAACGUCGCUGUGCGCGGUUGCUGGCCGAUGCCGUUGGCGUGUGGACCCAUUGGGUGCGCGACCACGGUUUCUACCGAGCCAUGGCGGUUCAAGCGACUGCGUUGAAUCGCCACCACGUUUUGAAGAGGCGAUGGCAGCUCUGGCACUCGAAAGCUCUGCAAGCCACACGGCUUUAUGCCGUCGCAAGAGCUCGUCAACUGCGGACAUGCCAUGCCGUGUGGCAUGGCUGGUUGGUCUUUGUUCAGAUGGUCAGGCAAACGCGGCAUGCCUUCGAGUAUGCACGACUACGCCUCCUCGGGCAACGAAUGUAUCAAUGGCUAGCGUUCCUUCGGUUCGGUCGACGAUUAUGCGCCCUCCAAAAUCGUGUCUGGUCUCAUCGACUUUGCCGCAUCGUGCGGCUGUGGGCGCGCCAUCGAGACACACGAAUCACACGUCGCCAACAUCUCGUGGUCGCGAAGAAGCAUAUGGCGAGGUGGAACAAACGUGUGGCUGUGGUGCAUUGGACGAGCUUGCGGCGACAGAACGUCCAUCGUCGAGCCGCCAGGGCGUACCGUCUGCGCCAGAUAUGGCGACGGUGGCGAAGCGUAGUCAUGCUCAACUUUGCCGAUCGAUUUUUCGCCAAGACGACGACGCAGCGCUGCUGGACAUCGUGGCAGCACCUGGCCAAGGCAGCCGGGUGCUUGAGGAGUAUCGAUCGACUGCGGCGGCGACGCCACAUGGACCAAGUGUUUCGAACAUGGCACGCCAAGGCAAAGGCGCGCCAGAUCGGAGCGCAGGCUACGGUGUACGGCACACUGAAAGCACAACAACGGGUACUCCUGACGUGGCGAGCAGCGACUGAAGCGCAAAAGCGAUAUGCAGAGGCGAUGGCUGAGACAGCGACUCGGCGUGGAUACGAAUGGCACCUGCGGACGAGAUGGCGGCAGUGGCGGGUCUACUGCGCACAUGCGAAACGGAGGCGCGCCAGGCUGAGCAAUCACUUGAGUCGGUGGUGCGUGAAGAAACAAGCAAACGCGCUGCGCACGGUAUGGCGAGCGUGGAGUGAUGUGGCAAGACGACGGGCAACGUUGCGCAUGUUCUUGAAGCGCCAUCACAGGGCCGACUUGUCGGUGGCGUGGACGGCAUGGGGGGAGUGGCGGCGCCGUAAGCGAGCCCAAGUCGUGGACAAGAAGUUGUCCGACACUCACUUCGGCGAGUGCAUCCAGCGGAAGGUUUUCUAUCAAUGGCAUGCGUACGCGGCCGCAUGCAACCACCGCCUUCCUGCUUGACGCGGCAGAAUUCCCGUCACCACAUUGUACUCAGUAUGUGGAAAAUAUUUUGAUCCAACUAGAGUACUAGUAUUCUUGAAAUAUUUCAAAAUCUAUAUAUAUUUUCU